UAUGGCCACGAGCAGGUAUAACUUUGGUUUUAUACAAACAAUUUACUAAUGAGUACCAUAACUAUGGCAUCUAAAUUAUAUCGUCCUUUGCCUGCCCUUCUGGCCCGGACAGUACCACGUUUCCUUAAGUCCCAAGCGCUCUUCCAAAUCCGUCAACUAUCAUUCGGGUUCCCCAAACAGUACAAGCAGCCAGGUUCCAAGAACUUCCGAAGUCCCUUCCACCUUGUACGGUACCACUGGGAGCUAACUCCGUUGCUAGCGUGUGUAGUCUUCGAUGUGUUUCUCAUUGGUAUAGCUACGUAUAACAGCUUAGCAAACAGGGUGGAUAUCCAGCUGACAGAGCACAGCUGGAACUGUAUCUCUCGCCGCAUGAACCUGCACGAGCCAACCGUACACAAGCUCCUAGUCCGCAACCAGGAUUACGAGCCCUGGCCUGAGAUGCAGGAUGUUCUUGAUAAGAUGGCUGAUAAGGAAGCCAAGCCUUGUGCUCUGAGGAAUCGAGGAAAAUGAGGAUUUUAAAAUAACCUGUUCUUUUGGAAUAAAAAUAUUAUAUUUACGAA